CCUGCUACCUGCUAGCAGACCUCUUACCUGUUACUUGAUACCCCGACAAGACUGCUGAGAAUGAUCCGAAAACAUUGCCAUCCUUGGAUAGUAGCAUAAGAUAAAGGAACGUCCAUUUCUAGUGCUGUGCUAAGAGGUAGCUGUCGUUCCGUAUUACUACCUAGGUACCUACCCCUCCCAUCUCAGCAAAAAGAUUGAAGUCUCCUCAAUCAAACCCCAAAGUUCACCCGGGCACCUGUUGGCCUAGGUCGUGGGUUGUCUGAUAAUAACGCCCGCAAUCCCAAUCGCAAUCGCAAUCCCAAUCGAAAUGCUGUGGAGCGCCCUCUUUUUUGGCCUCGUGGGCAUCUUCGCGCUCGACUAUCUCCGGGGCCUUUACAAGAAUAUCCGGAUUGCCCAGCGCACUGGCUUGCGUUAUGUGCUUGUCCCAUUCUCCUUCUCCAUCCCGCUGACGAUCCUGUUUAAUACACGCUGGCUGCCUUAUAUGGUGAACCAUUGGCUACCCGAGUGGGCGGCUGAUUUGGUGAACGAUGUGUUCUACAAUUUGCGUUGGUCGACGAAGGAUCGCCAGGUGAAGAAGUUUGGGAAGGUUUAUCUCGUGGUUACGCCGAGGGAUGUGCUUUGCCAUGUGGCUGAUGCGUCUGUGGUGACGCAGGUUGUUAAUACAAGGGGGAGUUUUCCGAAGCCGGUUUGGCAGUAUAAAGUUCUCGAGUUGUAUGGGCCGAAUGUUGUUACGUGUGAUGAUGCACAGUGGGCGCGUCACCGUCGUCAGACAGCGACGAUAUUCAAUGAAAAGAAUAACGAUCUUGUCUGGAAGGAGAGUAUCAGAUUGGCCCAAGGAAUGCUGGAGCACUGGCGUGAAUCAUCCUCCAUCGACACAAGAGGAGGAUUCAAGGUAGAACACGGGAGAGAUGAUAUCCUGAAGUUCACUUUGAAUGUAUUCUCUGGCGCAGGGUUUGGCGUGGUCAUGCCGUUCAAGCCAGUCCCCAAGGACUCUGUUGAGGGACCCAAGGGGAUUUUCCAGGACACGCCCACCCCUCCUCAGGGCUUCGAUUUUACCUUCCGCUCCGUUGUGGCAUAUAUGAACUUGAAAAUCGCCAAUAUCGUUUUCGCAAACUUGAUGCUCCCACAAUCGCUUAAAACAAUGCUAUUCCCCUUUAUCAAGCAGGAUAUCGCGGCUCAUAAGGACCUCGAGAGGUAUAUGAAGACGUUGAUCAGUACAUCGGGUGCGGAGGAUACAAGGACUGCAUCCAAUUUGAUACAGGGGAUGCUGAAGUACCGGAAAAGUGAAGAGAUGGCGGGGUCCAAGGAACGAGGGUUAUCUGACCUGGAGAUUAUGAGCAACGCUCUUAUUUUUACGAUUGCCGGCCAUGAAACCUCUGCGACUACCUUGCGAUACUCUAUCUUGCUGCUGGCUCUCGAUCAGGAUGUCCAGGACUGGGUAUAUGAAGGUAUCCUCGAGGCCACCCGAGAUGAGCCUUCGAAUGCUACAGACUGGAACUACGCAAGUGUCUAUCCCAAGCUGGUUACCCCAUUAUGUGUUAUGCUCGAGGCAAUGCGUCUUUAUCCGCCUGUGGUCACGAUACCUAAGUGGACUGGAGAGUCAGCAAGGACUAUCCACUACCAAGAUAAGAGCAUCCUGUUAGAACCAGGGGUUAACAUCAACCUGAUAGUGAAUGCGACACAUUACUCUGAAGAAUACUGGGGAAGUGAUGCAGAGAAAUUCCACCCCCAGAGAUGGGAUGCAAGCAAUAAAGAAAGUUUCCUGGCAAGAAAUGCGGAUCUUCAAGGGCUGAAUGGCCCAGGUUUAGAGUAUCCUACCAUUCAUAAACCAGUUCGAGGAGCGUACGCCGCAUUCAGCGAUGGGCACCGUGCGUGUCUGGGAAAGAAGUUUGCGCAGGUGGAAAUUGUUGUUGCUCUGGCGGUUAUCCUCCGCGAAUAUCGGGUUGAGCUGGCGUGGAAGGGCAACGAAGGUCGCACCCGUGCAGAAAGGAUUCUCAAGGAGAGUGCUGCAGUUAUGACUCUAGCAAUGAGGGAUGAUGUUCCAUUGGUUUUUCAUAAACGAUUGUCAGUAUAAGAUUGGUGGGCACCGAAUUGCCUUAUGGUCCUAGCAAGGACUCAACCAUCUGAAUUUUUUUUCUUCCUUUUUCUCUUUCUUUCUUCCACUUUUCUGGUUUUCUUACUUUGGCCUUGUUAGAGCAUCUCCUUGUCCUUUAGCUAGUGAAUGAUAGAACAAAUUGAGUAGGAUUGCGUGGUUUAUAACAAAGCAGACUUACGCACUUUUGGUACCUGCCAACGUGAUAAAUAGUGAAUAAAUCU